GCACCGCUGUUUUAGGUUGUGUGUUUGAUUGUUGUGUAAAAGUGGUUGUUUACGCAAAAUAAGUAAAAAUGGAUCUGCCAUACCGGGCAGAAUAUGCGAAAAGUGGAAGGUCAAAUUGUCGUGGGUGUAAAUCACCCAUUGGACAAGGUACCGUGCGACUGGCGGUCAUGGUCCAGUCUCCUUUCCACGAUGGAAUGAUGCCAAACUGGCAUCAUCUCCACUGUUUUUUCAACAAACAACGCCCCAAAUCAGAAGACGACAUUUACCACUUUGAAACUUUACGACUUGAAGACCAGGAGAUUAUUAGAGAAAAGUUGUCAAAUAUGGGGUCAAUCAUAGUACCCGAGAAAAAAGGCAAAGGUAAAAAGAGAGACGCAACAGCCAUUGCUCAGAAAAAUGCCGCUCUUAAAGACUUCAAAAUAGAAUAUGCCAAGUCAGGUAGAGCUGCUUGCAGAGGCUGUGAACAGAAAAUAUUGAAAGACGAGAUAAGAAUUUCCAAAAAAGAUUUUGAAACUGAUAUUGGUAAGAAAUAUGGAGGACAGGAUAUGUGGCACCACGUGACUUGCUUUGCACAGUUAAGGGCCGAAUUGGGGUAUUUUGAGUCCGCAGACCAACUGCCUGGCUUCAAGUCGUUGAAAAAAGAGGAUCAGGCUGAAACUAAAAAAGCAUUGCCUGCCAUCAAGCAAGAAGACGUUCCAGAUGUUAAAAAAGUUAAAAAAGAAGAGGACGUUGUUGAUGGUUUUACAGAAGAACAGUCAAAAUUGUACAAGGAACAAACUGAACUUAUCUUUAAACACAGAGAUCAGUUGGAGAAGAAUCUCAGUAAGGAAGAACUUGCUAUGUUGUUGCAACAUAACGAUCAAGAAGUUCCACCGGGCAAAGACAGAGUUUUGGAUCGUCUGGCUGACAUUAUGACUUUUGGUGCCUUGGUUCCAUGCUCCGUUUGUAAGCACGGACAGUUAGUUUUUGAGAAAUUUGGUUACAUUUGUAAGGGAAACUUGACUGAAUAUACAAAGUGUCGCACCCAAGUUAAGGAGCCGCCUCGUAAGCCGUUUAAAGUGCCCGCGGAAUUGAAACAAUACCCGUUUUUGAAAAAGUAUAAAUACGUGCCCAGAACCCGUGUGGUGAAAAAUGCGCCUCCCUCCUACUCUGUGAAAAAAGAAGAGGGCGAGGAAAAUGCCGAACCAAAAGUGAAAAGAGAGGCCCCAGCGCUGUAUAAUAUGGAGUUCGUCAUUUUGGGACAACCUGAUAUGGGAAAAGAAGAACUAAAAAGACGGAUUGUUAAGUUGGGGGGUAAAGUCGUUACCAAAAUCAGUGGAACUGUGAUGGCUGUGUUUGCUUCAAAGGCUGAUGUUGAGAAAAUGGGAGCUAGGAUGAAAGUGGUUCAAGAGGAAAAAAUCCAUGUAGUUUCUGAGGAUUUCAUCGAAGAAGCGCCGCAACAUAAGGGGAAAAUUCCAGAACUCGUUAUUUCGAAAAGUAUCUGCGACUGGGGGUCAGAUCCCACCACUCGUCUUCCUCCUGAACGAUCCAGCAGCAAAUCGAAAUCUGGCAGUAUCUACACCAAGUCAAUGCCAAGCAAAGUCAAACUGACCGUGAAAGGUGGUUCAGCUGUGGAUCCAGACUCCGGUCUGGAGCACAAAGCUCACGUAUACACGACCGAACACAACAAAUACUUUGCUGUAUUGAGCAAAACGGAUAUACAAACCAACAAGAACAGUUACUACAAGCUCCAAUUACUGGAGGCCGAUGCCGGUAACAAAUACUGGAUUUUCCGAUCAUGGGGUCGCAUUGGUACUACCAUCGGUGGCAAUAAAUUGGAACAGUUCUAUCAUCUCCAUGAUGCAUUGCUCGAAUUCCAUAAACAAUAUGAGGAAAAAACAGGAAACAGGUGGGAGAAUCGGUUUGAAUUCCAGAAAAUCCCCGGACUUUUUUGCCCUGUGGAUGUCGAUUUUGGGGAUGUUGAUGAGGAUCAGAGUAAGAGCAUGGAUAUAACGGAUUCGGCGUCGACGUUGCCACUUCCCAUCCAAAACUUGAUUCGGAAGAUUUUUGAUGUGAAAGCGAUGCAGAAACUCAUGCUGGAGUUUGAGUUAGAUACUGAGAAAAUGCCGCUAGGGAAGUUGAGCAAAAAGCAGAUUUCGAAGGCCUAUGCCGUUCUGGCUGAGCUGCAACAGCUCGUGGACACGGGCGGAGCUGAGGCCAUGUUGGUAGAUGCCUCGAAUCGGUUCUACACUUUCAUUCCACACUCGUUCGGAGUGGACAAUCCUCCGACACUCAAUGAUGCGGAAACAAUUAAGAAGAAAAUCGAGAUGUUGGAUAGUUUGAUGGAGCUGGAAAUAGCAUACAACUUGAUGAAAUCGAGCGGUUCGGAGCACACCGUUGACAGUUACUACAAACAAUUGAAUACAGAAAUUGAUGUUUUGAAAACUGAUAGUGAAGAAUACAAAAUCAUACAAGAGUAUGUGACAAAUACGCAUGCCGCUACUCAUGGCGGUUAUUCUCUCAACAUUAAAAACGUCUUCACUAUUAAGCGCCAAGGGGAGGAUAAGAGAUUCAGACCGUUUAAGAAACUACACAAUCACAAGUUAUUGUGGCACGGUUCACGUACCACCAACUUUGCGGGGAUUUUGUCCCAAGGGUUGCGCAUUGCGCCGCCGGAAGCUCCCGUUACUGGGUACAUGUUCGGUAAAGGUAUCUACUUUGCCGACAUGGUGUCCAAGUCGGCCAAUUACUGUUGUACUUCGGUUCAGAAUCCGACCGGAUUGUUGCUGCUGUGUGAUGUUGCGCUGGGAAAUACUUACGAGAGAAACCAAGCUGAGUACGUGGAAAAGUUACCAAAAGGGAAACACAGUACCAAAGGUUUGGGCAGGACUGAGCCUGACCCUAAAGCAUCCAAGACCCUUGACGGAAUUGAGGUGCCGCUAGGGAAGGGCGUUACUAAUGAUAAUAUGCGCUCAGCUUUGCUUUAUAACGAGUAUAUUGUUUACGAUGUGGCGCAGGUCAACGUUAAGUAUUUGGUUGAAGUUGACUUCAAGUAUAAAUACUAAAAUGUGCUUUCCAAUGUUUUUAAUGUUUACAAGUUUGAAAUUACCAAGUUUACAAUAAAAAGUGUUGCGAUUACUACGAAA